AACUAUGUGUUUAACCUGUCUCUGGGUGCCGCUGGCUUGCCCGAGACAGUGCUAUGGUCGUCCCUAGAACGCAAUUCCGCCAGUAUCUCCUAUCCUUCGACCCAGAGCCCGCAGGCUUCUGGUUUACACAACGUUCCAGUAACCGUCCGGAGUAUACCGUAAUAGGUAAUACCGCCACAAGGGAAACCACAAGGGGCAAAACCUCGUAAGGCUAGGUUGUAGGGCUUGCUGUUAGG